AAAAAAGUAAUCGCGAUCACAUUAGUUCUCUUCAGGUAAGUGGUUGAAAAGAAUAUUUUUUGGAGUGGCGAUCGAAUUCACUUUUGUCAGAGGAAUAAAUGUGAGGUUUGAAUGGCAGGCGGAAUGUUUGAAGUCAUAGUAGGACUUCAAACGAUUCCGAAGUUAAUGAGUGGUUGAAAUGCCUAAUUAUAAAUCGCCAAAGACUGACAACUCCAAAUCGCAACAGUUGACAGUUGUUGUUCGGAUAAGACCACUUUUUGAUCAUGAAGCUGAGAAAGGUGCAUCUAAAAUUGCUCGAAAAGCAGACAAUAAAAUGGUGCUGCUUCAGGAUCCCACAGCCGGUGAUCCUGUUGAUAUACUCCGUGCCAAAAGAGCCCAAGAAAAGAAAUAUGUUUUUGACUGGGCAUUUGACGAAGAUUCGACUCAAGAAGAUGUUUAUGAGAAAACAACGAAAACUCUUGUAGAAAAUGUUGUGGAUGGAUUCAAUGGAACAGUUUUUGCUUAUGGAGCAACAGGAUCCGGUAAGACCCAUACAAUGGUUGGAGUUGAUGAUGAUCCUGGAAUUAUGGUACGAGCUUUGAAAGAUUUGUUCAAAGAAGUUGAUAUGAAGAACAAAAUAUACAACGUUAGCAUGUCUUAUCUCGAAGUUAUGUCACUGUUGAUGAGAGGAAAUAAGCGAAGGACUCAAGAAUCAACAGGUGCGAAUGCAACUUCAUCCCGUUCACACGCAGUUCUUGUUGUUCAGGUGAAGAAACGAAGUCCAGCCCACAGUCAUGAACAAGUGGUACGAACUGGAAGACUUUAUAUGGUAGAUUUAGCAGGAUCUGAAAGAGCAGCACAAACGCAGAAUACAGGGAAAAGAUUACUUGAGGGUGCUCAUAUAAAUAAAUCACUUCUCGCCUUAGGAAACUGUAUAAAUGCUUUAGCUGAACGUAAUACGAGAUAUGUUAAUUUCCGUGACAGCAAACUAACUCGAAUACUGAAAGAACCAUUAGCGGGCAAUUGCAAAACUGUAAUGGUGGGACACAUCAGCCCUUCGCACUUCCAUUUCGAGGAGUCACGAAAUACUCUAGCAUAUGCAGACAGGGCAAAAAACAUCACAACAAAGCUCCGGAGCAAUGUAUCUGAUGUGUCGUAUCAUGUCGCUCAAUAUCAAUCCAUCAUAAAUGAACUUAGACAAGAAAUUGCGGCUCUACAUAAAAGAAUACAGGGCUCGAAUUAUUCAUCCUUCAAAGACGGAGAGUUUGAUGGACACAAAGAAGAAAAAAAGCUCACAGAUGAUGAAAUGAAGCUAUUGAAAAAACAGCUGAUAUCUUCUUUCAAUUCGCAAAUGGAUGUGAGACGAAGAAUGAUGGAAAUAGACAAUGCUCUACUUGCACAAAGUAUCGAAUUUGACAAACUUGGAAUGAUCAUAAGCGAGUGGGAAACUGAAAAAGCAGUAUCAGCUUUGGAAAACGAAGAUGAAGGCAUAAGCAGUGAAAGUGACAACAAAAACAAUGCGGAAAAUGACAUGCCUGAACACAUUCGUAAUGCUUGGGAGGAACUGCAAUUUAUUAAAAGCCAGCACCAAAGGUAUAUAGAAAUGCGGGAAGAUUGCGAUACUGAUUAUAAAAGUUGCAAACAAAAAACUCAUUCAGUUACAGAAUCUUUAUCAGAGAAGGCUAGUUCUCGAGAACAACGUGAAUUACUUCACUUGCUAACUCGAGUUUAUGAACUAGAAAUUGAAAAACUUGAAAUGCAAUCCUCUCAGCUAAGCAGAGAACAUGAGUUGAGAUGUCGAGAUCUAAUGAUAUUGCGCUAUGACAGACAGCGCCAGCUUUGUGACGAGAUUAUUACGAAACAAAGAAUUUUGAUUGAUGCUCUUGCAACUGGAGAAAAGGCAAAGAAUGUUAAUGCAAGAAAAGAACUGAAUGAGUUGUACAGAAUAUAUCAGCAAGAAAUUCAAGAUCUUAAUGGAGAUAGAAAUUCUAAUCUUGGCCAAACUAGUCCGUUUGGCAGUUUGUACAGGCCACCUUCAAGUGGUUUACGACCUUUAGGAAGUAGCGGUAGUAUGUUGGAGCUUCACCAUUUGGACCUCAAUAAAAAUUCAGAUUCAGGAAUACCUAAUCCUCUACCUCCCAUUGGGAACAAUGCCGACCAUAUUGACAAUGAGCGACGAUUGUUUAUGCGAAGAAAGCGGCAACCAUUCAGAAGAGGAUCCGAUGAGUAUUCAGGAAAUUCACAAUUACCUCCUUUACUUCCUCACAGAAGGGCUCAAUCAAGAUUUUCUAACUCUUCCAAUUCCACCUCAUCACUGCAUGAAAGAAGAUCGGGAUCAAUAGGCAGCCAAAUAGAUUCCACAACAAGAUCCAGCUCAAACGGAAGAAGUAGUGAUUCAUCUGACUAUAACUCGCAGAGACUACAUAAAUUAGACGAAUUGGAUGAGCCAUUGAAGAAACGAUUCGGAAUCUUACCUUCCUUAAAGAAUAGCAGGAGGCGUGAUAUAAGCUCUGAUUCUGAGCUCUUGUCUCAUUCAAAAUUGCAGCGUUCUGACAAAGGUGGCACAAAUGGUAAUAAAAAACUGCAUCCUGACGAGCGAAGAAGACAUGAGAUAACAGAAGACAGAAGGACAAAACAACAAAUCGCUGACAAAACUUAUGGAUAUUGAUGAAGAAGAAAAACUCAGUGCUCUGACUUGUAGUGAUCAUUUUAUGUGUUCAUGUUGUAAACCUCUAAAUAGUGGCAGUCAACAUAAAAUUACUGCAGAACUGAACGAAAUGAGGAUUGCAAAAAUGGAAGUAUUUUAAUUCUAAUCCUUUGGAAUCGUGUUUCUUCCAACUUCAGACAGACUAUGUAAAAUGUGCUUCCAGCUGAAAUAAAUGUGAAAAUAAAAUGGGCAUUUGUUAAAAGAA